AUGGAACAGGGUGAAAUAAAAGCUGUGGAGGAAAAUACGCAACUAAACGAUCCUGAUUCAAACGACGACGGGGAGACAAAUUAUAAUGAGUCGCAAAACGUUGAAUUACAAGAGAGCACGAUAACCCACGUAAAAUCUAAAAAGAAGAAAAAAAAGAAAAAGUCCAAUAGUGCAAAAGAGGCGAAAGAAUCGACUGUUACUAAAAAUAUUACUAAAAAUGAUACUAAAGAAAAAGGUGACGAUUUAGACGAAAUUAUUGCACAUAUUAUGGGCGACGAGAAACCAGUUUCGAAUGUGUGUCCUGUUCCAAAAUGUAAACAAAAUUUGUCGGUAUUGAGUCACACAUGUCAAUACUGUAAUAUGAAAUAUUGUAUAACGCAUAGACAUCCUGAAUCCCAUUCUCCAAAAUGUGCCGAAAAAGUAAAAAGCAUUUCAAAGGCUGAAUAUAAACAAGAAUCAAUGCGUUUUAUCACUCAGGAGAGAAGGAAUCCUGGAUCAACAAAUGCAAAAAAGUUUGAUGCUGAAAAAAGCAAAGAAGAUUUAAAAAAAAGAUACAAAGAAAAAUUAGAACAUAUUAAGCGUGAGGAAAGGGGGAGCAAGAAAUAA